CCAUCUUCCAUUACUCUGCAUUCUUCCAGUUGUAUGCUGGUUGUCUUCAUUGAUUGCUCUCUCUCACUCUCUCCCCGUUUACUUCUUAAAUAAUAAAAUAAUAGUUCAGGUGUGGCCUAAAGAGAUGUCUUAAAUGCAUCAUGUACCGCUAAAUGCUUGGUCGUUUCGUGUCUUAAUAAUGUUCUCAAUAGGGAUUUUCUGCUGAUUUUUUAUCUUUUGGAGAGAUUGGAAGCAACCCAGUUUGAGUUUUGGGUUCUUGAGCUCUCUCACUCAGAGUUGAAAUGUUAUAUGAUAUUAGGUUGCACAUGCUCUGAGUGUGUACCCUUGCGUUAGUACUGAACACCCAUUUCAGCUUCCACGUUGUCUUAAUUCCCUUUCACUGAAAUGGUGGAGAGAGAGAAGUAAACUGAUUCGCAUUGGUGCUUUCAAUCUUUGUUUUGACUGAUACCUGAACCCAAAUGAGCUUCAUUAUUUCUGCUUGAGAAAUAGAUGUAAUCCUCUUCUCUAAUGUUUUAAUGCAUAUAGAUUUUCAGUCCUUUGAUUUCACCAUGUCACUCAGAGGUUUUUUUGUCUGACACCGAGUUCCACAGAGUGGUUCUUUUAUAUCAGAGAGUUCUUUUUUCCUUAUUUGUCUUCCUAUCUGUUGAGAUUGUUUCAUUAGUUUGCCUCCACUAUCUUCACAAGAAACCAUGGAGGAAUCUUUUGUGCCUUUCAGAGGCAUAAAGAAUGAUCUUUCAGGAAGACUCAAGUGUUACAAGCAAGACUGGACUGGCGGUUUCAGUGCAGGCUUCAGGAUUCUAGCUCCCACGACAUAUAUAUUUUUCGCUUCUGCGAUUCCUGUCAUAUCCUUUGGAGAGCAGCUAGAGAGAAGCACAGAUGGGACUUUAACUGCUGUUCAAACCUUGGCUUCCACUGCAGUCUGUGGAAUCAUACACUCCAUCAUAGGAGGUCAGCCAUUGCUGAUCCUUGGGGUGGCUGAGCCCACUGUUAUUAUGUACACUUUCAUGUUCAACUUCGCAAAAGAUAGAGCUGAUUUGGGUCCCAAGCUGUUUUUAGCAUGGGCUGGAUGGGUAUGUGUAUGGACUGCAUUCUUGUUGUUCAUGUUGGCCAUAUUGGGGGGCUGCUCCAUAAUUAAUAGGUUUACAAGAGUGGCUGGUGAAUUGUUUGGUCUAUUGAUAGCUAUGCUCUUCAUGCAACAAGCUAUAACUGGGGUUGUUGAGGAGUUUCGUAUCCCCAGAAGGGAAAAUCCUCGACUUACUGAAUUUGUGCCCUCUUGGCGAUUUGCCAAUGGAAUGUUCGGUUUGGUCCUCACCUUUGGCCUUCUUCUCACUGCAUUAAGGAGUCGGAAGGCACGUUCUUGGAGAUACGGCACGGGAUGGCUAAGAAGUUUCAUUGCUGAUUAUGGGGUGCCAUUGAUGGUUCUUGUGUGGACUGCUGUUUCUUACAUACCUUCUGGUGAUGUCCCAAAGGGGAUUCCAAGAAGGCUUGUUAGCCCAAAUCCCUGGUCUCCUGGAGCAUAUUCAAACUGGACUGUCAUCAAGCAAAUGCUGGAUGUUCCGGUUCUUUAUAUCUUGGGAGCUUUCAUUCCAGCCACCAUGAUUGCCGUUCUUUAUUAUUUUGAUCACAGUGUCGCAUCUCAGCUUGCUCAGCAGAAGGAGUUCAAUCUGAGAAAACCACCUUCAUUCCAUUAUGACUUGCUUCUCCUGGGUUUUCUGACCAUAAUAUGUGGUCUUGUGGGCAUCCCCCCAUCAAAUGGUGUUAUCCCACAAUCUCCAAUGCACACAAAAAGUUUGGCCACUCUCAAGCAUCAGCUUCUACGCAAUCGGCUUGUAGCCACUGCACGCAAUUGUAUCAGUAAGAAUUCAAGCUUGGGACAGCUCUAUGGAAACAUGCAAGAAGCUUAUCAACAGAUGCAGACUCCAUUGAUCUAUCAAGAGCAGUCUACUCGGGGCCUGAGGGAAUUGAAGGAAUCAACGAUCCAAUUGGCAUCAAGCAUGGGGAAUAUUGAUGCUCCAGUUGACGAGUCAAUAUUUGAUGUAGAGAAGGAAAUUGAUGAUCUUUUGCCUGUUGAAGUAAAAGAACAGCGUCUCAGUAACCUACUCCAAGCUUUCAUGGUUGGAGGCUGUGUUGCUGCUAUGCCAUUCAUCAAAAUGAUUCCCACAUCUGUUCUUUGGGGUUAUUUUGCUUUCAUGGCCAUUGAAAGCUUACCUGGUAACCAGUUUUGGGAAAGGAUUCUACUUCUCUUCACUGCUCCAAGCAGAAGAUACAAAGUGCUUGAGGAAUACCAUGCUACCUUUGUGGAAACUGUGCCUUUCAAGGCAAUUGCCUUCUUUACAAUAUUCCAGUUAACAUACCUGCUGGUUUGUUUUGGGAUGACAUGGAUUCCUAUUGCUGGCGUUUUGUUCCCUCUGAUGAUUAUGCUUUUAGUCCCUGUUCGCCAAUACCUUCUCCCCAAGUUCUUCAAAGGACCGCACCUUCAAGAUUUAGAUGCUGCCGAAUAUGAAGAGGCACCAGCAUUACCAUUCAAUGUUUUAGCUUUACAGGAAGGAGAAUCUAGUGGGCUUGGGGGGAUGAGGGGCACUCCAGAUGAUGGUGAGAUCCUAGAUGAUAUUAUCACUCGCAGUCGAGGAGAGAUAAGAAGGACUUGUAGUUCAAAAAUCACAAGCUCAACAGCCACCCCUGUGACUGAUCACAGAGGGCCAUUCAGCCCACGCUUCUCAGAGAAGGAAUUCAGCCCUCGUGUGAGUGAACUGCGCCACGAAAGUAGCCCUCGGGUGGGUGGAAGACGGGCAUUCAGCCCAAAAACUGAAGCUAAGCCCUCUAAUUUAGGCCAGAGUGCUAGGAAUUCCCCCUCUUAACUUGAAGCAGAUGAUGGCUUGUAUUUUUUUGUGCUUGUACAUUAGCUUGGAAUGGCGUUGGGAGCCUGUUAUGUUGAUAUUAAGAGGAAUGCAAAUGUGUUGUAUUGUA